GAGAGAGAGAGAGAGAGAGUCACCUGAACACACCCACGCACACACGCCAAGUUACUCUGUUAGAUCUUACCAAAGUGAGGGUUUCCAUUGUUAGAAUUUAGGUUUUCUUCCCCAACACAUUAUUAUUCUUUACAGUCCUCGGGAGCCCCCAGCUCUUGAAGUCGACAAUGAACAUCUUCAAGAAGAAAACCUCACCCAAAGAUGCACUGCGAACAAGCAAAAGAGAAAUGUCGGUUGCCACGAGAGGCAUUGAACGUGAAAUUGCGUCUUUGCAGAUGGAGGAGAAAAAAUUGGUGGCAGAGAUCAAGAAAACAGCUAAAACUGGAAAUGAGGCUGCCACAAAAAUCUUAGCUCGCCAACUUGUUCGGCUGCGGCAACAAAUCACAAAUUUGCAGGGGAGUCGUGCUCAGAUCAGAGGCGUAGCAACUCAUACGCAGGCACUGUAUGCCAGCACUUCAAUGUCUACGGGAAUGAAAGGUGCAACGAAAGCAAUGGUUGCCAUGAACAAGCAAAUGGCACCUGCAAAGCAAGUUAAAGUAAUUAAAGAAUUCCAGAAGCAGUCACAGCAGUUGGACAUGACGAUUGAGAUGAUGUCAGAGUCCAUCGAUGAAACGUUAGACAAAGAUGAGGCUGAAGAGGAAACAGAGGAGCUCACUAACCAGGUUCUUGAUGAGAUUGGUGUGGACAUUGCAUCACAGUUAUCUUCAGCCCCAAAAGGCCGAAUUGCAUCAAAGAAGGUUGAUAAUGCUGUCCCUAGUUCCCAGUCGACUGAUGUCGAAGAUCUUGAGAAAAGGUUGGCAUCUCUUCGACGUAUCUGACCAGAAAGCAUCCAUGGUGGACAGCAUUGCUCCAAAAGUCGAUCUAGUGUAAAUUAGCGUGAAUAACCUACAUGCGUGAAGAUAGAAAAUAGUUAGUUUUAAAUUUUCUUUCUCCAUUGGAGUUAUGAACGUUGUCAACUUAUCAAAGCAUGCACUGACAUGGAUACUUUUCGUAAUUCGGGAUGAAAAAACGAGCAUAAUGCAACCCAUUACAUCAGUCCUCAAAACUUCAUGGAAUGCUGCUGGAUAUCUUACACAAUCAGAUAAUGAGUGUGGCUCAGGUUAGCUGUCUUGUUUUAUUUGAAAAUUAUCCUUUCAUAACAUGUGUGCACAGGAACAAUACAUUUCACUGCUAAAAAUAACUGCAGUGAUGAGCUAAGUCACCCAAAGAUUUUUUCCCUCUGAAUUUGCUGCUCUUUCUCUAAGCUUAAUCGCAGAUAUAGUGAUGUAACACAUACAUAUGCAAGUGUACUAU